AUGCCUGGUACCAUCCCUGCCAUCACAGAUCCCGCUCUCGUCGACAUCGCAUCCUCGGACACCACUCGAGCCACCCUCGCUCCCAUCCAAGCCUCGGACCCACACGUUUCCUCUUCAAACGACGACCCGCAAGCACCGUCGCUCAUCACCCCGGUUCCGCUCUCCCACCCGACCUCCGGCGUAGCCAGCAAAGGCGCAGCUCAACUCACCUCCACAAGCUCGCUUUCCUCCGCCCUUGCUCCCACCAACCUACAAGCCAACAUGACCAAGCAACUCUCCUCGCCCGGAGGCAAGAACCUUCGUCAGCGCAAGCCCAACGGCCCCAAACCCAAGUCUGGCGACGACCACGAUUCCGAGCUGCUCAAAUUCGUCGAGACCGACGGCCAUUUCUCGCUCGUGCGCAACUUUCACCUCGCCGACGCAUUCACGCUGAUGAACGCCUUCUGCGGCGCCCAAUCCCUCUUCGCUUCCGCGCGGUACCUCAUCACCAGCGAUCCGAAGCAUGCCUGGCUCGCGCUGUGGUUCCCUCUCUUCGGCGCGAUCUUCGAUCUGUUGGAUGGAAAAGUCGCGAGGUGGAGGAAGAGCUCGAGCAUGCUCGGGCAGGAAUUGGACAGUUUGGCCGAUUCGCUCUCGUUUGGCGCCGCACCUGCGUUUGCCGCCUACUCGCUGGGGCUGCGUGGUGGGCUGGAUAGCUUUAUCUUGACGCUGUUCGUGUGCGCCGGUGUGGCGAGGUUGGCUAGGUUCAAUGUGACCGCGGCGACGAUCCCGCACGAUGCCUCGGGUAAGGCGAGGUACUUUGAAGGCCUGCCGAUUCCGUCCUCGCUCGUGCUGGUCGGUGGCAUGGCGGUGUGCCUGCUCACCGGUCGCAUCGAGGCUGGUGGUCUGCCUGUCGCACUCGCAAAGGAGAGAGGUUACAUCUCGGACAAAGGUCUCACGUUCACCGGCUCGCUCAGGGAGUAUCUGCCAGAGAGCUUCAACGCUAAAGGUGUCCCGCUGGGGAUGUUUACCAUCGACCUCUCGCCGUACGUCGCCAAGGUGCUCGAGCUGAUGCCCGGUCUCAGCGUCAAGGAGGCGAGCCAGUGGGCUGAGCUCGCCAAGGUGCAGGGUCACUGGCUGGCCUUCCUGUGGUUGGCUUGGGCGACGGCCAUGGUCAGCAAGACGUUGAGGGUGCCUAAGCCCUAG